AUGCUGGACGAGAUAGAAAUAUCUACAAAACAAGGUAGACUAAGAGGUCUGGUCAAGAAAUCAAUUGGCAGAUCUAACAAGUUGUAUUAUUCUUUUCAAGGAAUUCCUUAUGCAAAACCUCCAGUGGGAAAUUUAAGGUUCAAGGAACCUGAGCCUUAUGGCCACUGGGAAGAUACCUCGAUGCCCACAAAAAGAAGGUG